AAUAAGGUUAUAUUUUGGUUUUGGAUGUGUCAAGUAUCUUACAGGUGGUUACUUUCAGAUAUAAAUUUUUAGUUUUCAUUAUUAUAAGUUAUUAAAACAUGAAGUUGAGUGUAAAAAUAUCCGAAAGUAUUAUUAAAAGGCUAGCAAAUAUUACUAACAGCUGUUGCGGCAAACUCUAUGGCAUUUCAACUAAAGAUAGUUUGUUUAUAAUAAGUUUACAAGUGGAUAUUGCAAAUACUGAUACUAAGAGUGUUUUUAUCGAUGCCUUACCAACAGGAAUUGAAUUAUGUGGUAAUUUUAUUAUAUCGACAGAGGCGUCCAUAAAAAAACAACCAGCUGUUUCUAAAUCUGUUUUAUUAACUCAUGCCAUAGAAAAUUCCGAUGGUUUCAGUUUUUAUAUUGAACGUAAUGGUGAAUAUAUCGAAUCUAAUUAUGAUCUAAUUAGUGAGCAGGAAAUUAAUAGUACAUUCUUGAUAAUUCGACUAAAAGGAGAAAUUCCAUUAAAAUGUGAGUUAAGUAUGUCGCAAAUUAAGGAAGCCUUUCAAAUUAUUCAUAAAACUGUUAUUCCCGAUUUUGUAUACAGUAUUAUGAAAAGUAAUGUGUUUAUAUUGGAAAACUCAAAUGUUGGUAUUGAAGAUGACAUAGGUUUGUUGGAAUUCUGCGAAGAAUACAAUAAUUUUGGAGAAAGUUUUAAUAGAGUGAAGAAUAAAAUUAUGAAUGUCAAACCUAGGAUUUUAAAAAUUAAUAUUUUACAACAAUUAACAAAAAAAUCAGAUGACAUUUUGAAAGAACAUGCUCCUAUAGUAAUUCUGGAGAAAUAUGGCUCAACUGUUAUUGAUACAAUAUUACAGUUAGAUUCUCUUGUUAUGGUACAUGAUUGGACAAAAAUAAGUCAACUGUAUGAUAUUUUAGUGAACAGUUCAAAAAAAAUUUUAAAAUUACAUGAACUGAAACUAUUAGAUGUGGCGGAGGGUAAAAUUAAUACCAAAAAUUCUAAGCAUAAUGUUUAUCAUUUUUAUCCAGAGGAUUGUAAUCACUUUAUAACUCUCUUGUAUCCUGAAUUUGUUAAUGAGAAGGAUUUAAAAUCAUACCGAGAAAAUUUACAUCGACAAUUGCUAAUAGGCAGUUCAAGACCAUGUUUUCGUAAAUCGAAUAAAUAUAUCUUUGAUAGAAAUCCAAAUAGUCCAUUAAUAAAUCCACAUGAAGGUGUGAAAAACACAGAUAAUGGUGGCACUGUAGCUCUUGUUAAAGGCAAAUACGAAUAUUAUCAUUAUUGUCAAAAUAACAUGGAUGAUAGCGGUUGGGGUUGCGCUUACCGUUCUCUGCAAACUUUAGCAUCUUGGUUCAAAUUGCAAGGAUUCGUAGACAGAGACGUACCUACCUACAAGGAAAUACAACAAUGCUUGGUAGAUAUUAAAGAUAAACCAGCGAAUUUUGUUGGAUCCAAACAAUGGAUUGGAUCCACCGAAGUUAAUUUUGUGUUAAACACUCUACUGGGUGUCCAAAAUAAAAUACUGUAUGUCAGUUCCGGUGCAGAUAUGGACUCGUACGGACCAGAAUUAGUGAACCAUUUCCAAAAUCACGGAUCGCCGAUAAUGAUAGGUGGAGGUGUUUUGGCACAUACAAUUUUAGGUGUGGAUUACAACCAACAAACGGGUACCAUAAAAUUUUUAAUUUUGGAUCCACAUUAUACGGGCAGCGAAGAUAUUAGCAUUAUACAACGCAAAGGUUGGUGUGGUUGGAAAAAUCUCGAUUUUUGGAAUAAAACUUCUUAUUAUAAUAUGUGUAUGCCUUUAGUACCCAGGGAAGUUUGAGAUUAAAUAAUUUAAAGCGAA